CGCGUGACCUCACGCGUUACGCGAUUACGUCACGUAUCAGGAAGAGGACCAGUAUCUGACGGAAGAACGUUACGCCUCUGUGUUUACUUUAAACUGCCAAAUACGCAACAGCCAAACCUCGACCUUUCAGCACACUGCAGCAGACAUGUCGUACGGGAAAGCAGAGACGUACCACCCCGUCCCUCGGGACGUCAACAGCCUCAUACAGACCUGCAGCUCCAACAUCCAGAAGAUCACACAGAACACUGCUCAGAUAAAGACUAUAGUGAACCAGCUGGGGACCAGACAGGACAACAGUGAACUGCAGGACCGUCUGCAGCAGAUUCAACACUACACCAACCAGCUGGCUAAAGAGACCAACAAACACCUGAAGGAGCUGGGCUCCAUCCCUCUGCCCUCAUCGCCCUCAGAGCAGAGGCAGCAGAAGAUCCAGAGAGAUCGACUGAUGAACGAUUUCUCUGCAGCUCUCAACAACUUCCAGGCCAUCCAGCGACGUGCAGCAGAGAAAGAGAAGGAGUCUGUGGCCAGAGCGAGAGCCGGAUCCCGUCUGUCGGCUGAAGACGUUCCUCGAGAUGAGAAACUGGUGUCUUUUGAUAACCAAGAUGACUGGGGUCAGAUGACGACUCAGACGGAGGAGGCAGCCAUCACCGAGGAGGACCUGGAGCUCAUCAAGGAGAGAGAGACCAACAUCAGACAGCUGGAGUCUGACAUCCUGGAUGUAAACCAGAUCUUUAAGGACCUGGCUGUGAUGAUCCACGAUCAGGGGGAGAUGAUCGACAGCAUUGAGGCAAACGUAGAGAACGCUGAAGUUCAUGUAGAGCGAGGAACAGAUCAGCUGCAGAGAGCCGCCUUCUACCAGCAAAAGUCCAGGAAGAAGAUGUGCAUCCUCGCCAUGGUGUGCUCCAUCGUGCUCGUCAUACUCAGCAUCAUCAUCUGGCAGGUUGCAAAGUGAACUGAUUACCCCCAACCCACUGUCACUGCUAUAUUUUACUCCGCCCCCUCCCACCUGCAAGUACCUGCUUGGAAUCACAAGAAGAAGAAGAGGCCAAUCAGCGAGGUGGAUCUUUGCAGACGGGAACAUUUUGAUCUGAUGUGAACGAGCCUGAUGCUGUAAAUUAACACCGUCUGAUCCCCUCUGAGAUGAAGGCUGGAGGACUGAGGUGGUGGAGGGAAGCGAUUCCCUAAUUUGCUUUUUUCAUUCUUCUUUACUGCACUAAUACUAGCUGUCACUGUAUUUCAGAUGUAAAAAUGUUUAUGGGUUUAUUUCAGAAAACAGAAACGCGUCUUGUUAAAGUAAGGGUCUGUGGUUUUUAGGGGCUGUAAAUUAUUUCUCUGUUCAGUUCGUGGCCGCUGCUCUCACAGAAACUUGAGGCGGGUUCUGACUCCUGGAGGCGAUGGAAGCAGAGGUUGUAAUAUACAUGUUGUAAAAUGAAAGCAGGUUAACAGUAUAAAUAGAAUCCAUGUGUGUAAAUAUUCCACAGUGCUGCAGUAUAUUCAGCUCAGAUCAUAUGGAUGAUGAACGAAGAUGGUAGCCUAUCUGUGAAUGAAACAUCAAACAUUUUUAUUGAUUUCUAUGACUCCUGACGAUAAGCAUAAUAAAUGUCUGAAACACUU